UUCUUCGCCGGCGGGCGCCUCCGUGGCAUUCGCAGUCGUUACUCUGUUGCCGCACACGCUCGCGCCGCUGCCUCCACCGUCCUUCCGCCGACUGCCGCCACAAUGACGUUCGUCAAGAGUUCCACGUACCAGCUCUUCGAUCUCAGCAUGGGGGUCGCGAGCCAGUCGACGCAGUUCUUCUCGGUUGCGGACUAUUUGGUGUUCGGAGGGAUGCUGGCUGUAUCUACGGGCAUUGGGCUCUACCACGGCUGCCGCAAGAGAAAGGAGGCCAGUCAGGACAGGACGGGAGAAUUCCUCACAGGAAAUGGCCAGAUGAGCACCGUGCCAGUAGCAUUGUCCAUGUUGGCGAGCUUUCUGUCCUCAAUAACAUUAAUGGGGCAACCAGCAGAAGUGUACCUUUUUGGCCCACAGCUGUGGUUGUUUGGAAUUGCCAUGCUACUCAGUAUUCCAGCAGUGUGCUACAUUUUUAUUCCAUUUUACCACAGAAUUAAAUGUACGUCAGCUUAUGAGUACUUUGGGACAAGAUUCCACAAAAAUGUGCAGCUCCUUGCAUCUGUUCUCUUCACAGCUCAGAUGGUACUAUAUUUAGCACUAGUACUUUAUGCACCUGCUGUUGCUCUCUAUCAAGUCACUGGUCUGAAGACUGAAAUAAUAGUUUCUGUGAUGUACAUAGUGGUUAUAUUCUACACAACAAUAGGUGGAAUAAAAGCAGUGGUAUGGACAGACUGUUUUCAAGUAUUUGUCCUAUUCAUCUCCAUGAUAGCAGUUCUUACAAAAGGAACAAUGGAUAUUGGUGGACCAGAAGUAGUGUGGAUGAGAAAUGCAAAAGCUGGUAGAACACAGUUCUUCAAUUGGAAUUAUGAUCCUACAGAGAGAUACACAGUUUGGUCAUGUUUGAUUGGAGCAGGAUUUCUGCACAACACAGUUUAUGGUGCGAAUCAGUUGCAAGUUCAGAGGUAUCUCACUGUCAGAACUGUCAAUAAAGCUAGACAAAUGAUGUGGAUAAAUGCAGUUGGUUGGACAGCCAUUGUUUUCCUGACAGUGUAUGCAGGGAUGCUAAUAUUUGCAAGGUACCAUGAUUGUGAUCCUAUUACAUCACAGAUGGUGAAGAAACCAGAUCAGCUUUUUCCUCUUUAUAUAAUGGACACCUUGAGUGACUAUCCAGGAUUUCCCGGUGUUUUUGUUGCUGGGAUAUUUAGUGCUGGACUAAGUACUGUCUCAACUGGCCUGAAUUCACUUGCUGCUAUAUGGUUUGCAGAAAUGGAUGGCUCAAAUUUUAAGAAGAAAUUGAAUCAGUCCAGGGCAGCAUUAACAGUAAAACUGCUUGCCUUAUUGUUUGGACUACUUUCAUUUGCUUUAGUGUUUGCUGUACCAUAUAUGGGUGGUCUUGUGCCAGUUGCAGUGUCUCUAUCAGGAUUCUUUUCUGGAGCAUUAUUUGCUCUUUUUCUUUUGGGAAUGUAUGUUCCAUGGGUAAAUGCAGUGGGUGCAGCAGCUGGAAUGAUAUUUGGUAUUGGCAUACCAGCCUGGUUAGCUACUGGAAGCAACAUAGCAUCUGAAAAAGGGUAUGUCCCAAAUGUGCUUCCUGUUUCAACGCAUAACUGUUCAAAGAAUACAACAAUUCUGCCACAAUAUGUAAGGAUUAAUGAUGAGAUUUUUUAUCCAUACAAAAUAUCAUUUCUUUGGUAUUCACUUAUCUCAAUCAUAUUGACACUUCUCUUUGGUUUGGGAGUCAGCUGGCUUUUCAAUUUUGAAUGUUUUCAAAGACAGAAACUGUGCAAUAUCAAACUCAGAAGCUUGACACAAAGAACAACAGAAAUGGAACAUCAGACUCUUUCUGCUACAAGUGAGGAGUCAAACAAAUUAUUAAUAGCAGAAGGCAACACUGACAAAGAUUUGUACAGACAGAGUUGAAAAUAUCUAGCACCUAAGGAAGUAAUAUUUGUGUGUGUGUAUGUGUGUGUGUGUGUGUGUGUGUGUGUGUGUGUGUGUUUAGCGAAUUGUUUUUCUGACUCCUAGGUUAUGAGUAUAACUGGGUUGUUUACACAUGACUGUGUGUUGUUUGUGAAGAUAUGUUUUCAGUCUGUAACAAUAACAACCAAAAAUAUCAAUCUACUGUUAUACAUAUCAACUAGCUUCCUUAUUAAUAGUAUAAUACUAUUAUUAGUAUGAAACAGUUGUAUCCUGCUCAAAUUUUGUACAAAUUUUUUGUGUGACUGUGUGAUGAUAUGUGACAUUAGUAACUUAAUUAUUUUCAAUUACCUACGGAACUGUCAGUCAAAUGCAAUGUAAAGAUAAAAUAGUUGCCCAUUGUCUGUAAUCCUGAGAUGAAAUUCAAAUGUAUAUUCUUGACAGUAUAAAGAAUAUUUCAGAAGAAUUAUAAAUAUUUUAGUAGAACAGUUUUGAGUUAAAAAGUUCAUUUAAUCAUAUAUCCAAGCUUGGUGGUUGCUGUAUUUCAGGAAUCUGAAUUUUUCACAUGGGAAGAAUACUACUAAAACCAAUUGAGAUUCCACAGCUACAUUAUCAAAGCAGUCUGCCUCUUUUUCCUUUGCCAUUCUUUCAAUAACAGUGGCAAUUCAUGUUGCAGGAAGUCUCAUAUAUGAGCCUUGUGAAAUGCAAUAGGACAGUAGAUCCAGUCAACUAAUUGUCAAUUACACAACAUUACACAUUUACAAAAAAAUCUUGAAAAUAUGUUUUCACAAUGCUAUGUGGACUUGCAAUGAAUCAUUGAUAUGAGUUGUUGAAUCCAUCUCAUGUCGAAGAGACUUCCUCAGUUAAUGAUAUUCACACAGUCACUCAAAUAUUAGCACUUACCCAUUGCCAAAAUUACAAUCACUGAGCUUCAUCAUUUACCUACAAGUGUUGCAACCAUUGAUGUACGUAAGGGGUAUAAACCAUACUGAGAUACUGUUAGCCAUACUUUAAAAUGUGGAUACCAAUAGAAGUUGACAGUUGUUAUAGUUCUACAAUUUAUUGACUGCAGGGUGGUUUGUUCCUAAUCCAAAUUUAACUGGACUAAAUAGCCUUCAGGUUGGUACUCUGCAGAUAUAAAACUCUCCUUGUAUUUCUUAUAAAUAGCAAGAGAAUUUCCAUUAUAAAACCUGUAAACAAAUAUCAUACUCAGAUAUUCAGUGUAUCUAAAACUGUGUAAAAUUGUUUUAAAUACUUUAUUAAUGGACUCACAUGCACAUAACCAAAUUGAACAUACUAAUUUAACUUAUAGAAACAAUCAAAUAAUGAGUGAGUUCAAUAUCAUAUCUUACAAAAAAUGGCAAAAAUUUUCAGUAUUAUCAUAAAAAGCUUUUAAUAAAUAAUUAGCACUUCUUAAUUCACCAGAAAUAUUUCAGAUUAAAAUGUCUUUCCUUCAUUACAAAUCUGCUUCUUGUACUAUGCAUUGUCUUUUAUUUUAGGAAUCAGUAGUAGUUUCCCACUAUAGCAGUCUUUCAUCUACACACAACAAAAAAAGUUUUGCAUCACCUCAGUUCCAAGAGCUCCGGAAACUGUACAGAAAAUUGGACUAGAGCUCAACAUAAACAUCAUUUACACCCUUUUUAUUGCUCAUAAAAAAGCACAAUUGCAUGUUCUACCACCAUACAGUGAGACCUUCAGAGGUGGUGGUCCAGAUUGCUGUACAUGCCAGUAAGUCUAAUACCCAUUAGCAUGUCCUCUUGCAUUGAUGGAUGUCUGUAUUCAUCAUGGCAUACUAUCCACAAGUUCAUCAAGGCACUGUUGGUCCAGAGUGUCCCACUCCUCAAUGGCGAUUCAUCAUAGAUCCCUCAAAGUGGUUGGUGGGUUAUGUCAUCCAUAAACAACCCUUUUCAAUCUAUCCCAGGCAUGUUCGAGAGGGUUCAUGUCUGGAGAACAUACUGGCCACUCUAGUCGAGCGAUGUCAUUAUCCUGAAGGAAGUCAUUCACAAGACGUGCACAAUGGGGGUGCAAAUUGUUGUCCAUGAAAAUGAAUGCCUCGCCAAUAUGAUACCGAUGUAUGUUGCCAAAAAAUUAAUUCCCGUGCUUAUCUGCUUAUGUCAGUAAGAAUGGUAGACUAGAGUAGUGUACUAAAAUGAUGUGAAAGGAAGAAAAUUAAAUGAAUGAAGUGCUGAAAUACUGUUUUAUUUUAAAUAUUUAAAAAGAUUGAAACC